AUGACUCAGUUGAUAAACUAUCAAGCGCUCAAUGAUUUCUUGGACAACCAGACCGAUGACAGCUCAUCCGUACAUCUAUGGUACGAGCGCCUUUCAGAGUAUGAUUUGGACGGUACAGAAUCACCACAAGAAAUUGAAACACUCUUCCAAGCAAUGAAGUUCCUGAUGAGUUUCUCGUUCACCUCUGCUGAAGAGCUUAGAGAAGUGGCCGAGCGGGAAGCGGCACAAAUGGCCGAGAAGGAGGAGGCAUGGGAGGAACAGAAAAUGGCACUGAAGGAGGAGCUCGAUACCCUUCGCGAGAGAAUCACAGUAUCGGCAGAUGCUGGAGAUUCAAGUGAAGCAUUUCGAGCACAGAUUGACUCAUUACGGGAGGAAAAUCGCGAGUUGGAAAAGGCAAAUCGCGAUCGCGAUCGGGAAAUGGCCGAUUUGAGAGAUAGAUUCGAAAGCUUGGUGUCAAAGAGUGACGUGCUGACAAGAGAACGUGAUGCUCUCGAACAACACAGAAAUCAGAUGGAGGAUACGAUACGUGAACUGCAACGGAGGAUUUCAGCAAAAAGUGAAGAGACAACAAACGAGUGGGAAUCCCGAAAGCUUCGACAGCGUAAUGAGCAAGCUGUAACCCUUACUCGACAAAUGCAGGCAAUCGUGCUGCAAAACGAUGAGCUACGUGAAGAGGUCACCCGCGUUGGAGAUGCCCUCGAAGAGGCUACCAGAGUCAUCAACGAGAGCGCAUCCAGGUAUGCAGAGCUAACGGCUUUACAUGAGGCUACACAACGCGACUUGCGUAAUGUAAUUGAAGAAAACGAAAUCAUGAGGCAGAAGCUGGAAGCGAGCAGCUCAAUGUUGAUGGCAGUUGAAACCGAAGCGAUGGACACCGAGCAAACGACGGCCGCAAAGAUGAGGGAACUGAUGGAGGAUAAUCGCGAAUUGAGGGACGAACUCUACGCAACACGGAGGGAACUGGAAAAGCUGCGCGAAAUUGCUGAAUCGAUUAACUAUGAUGAGAAAGAAGCAGAAUUGGAGAAGCUACGAACGGAACUGAUCGAAGCUACCAAGACCGCACGAUCACUGUAUGGAGAGCUGACAUCAAAGACUGCCUCGGCUGAUCCCACCGUCAGCUUCCAGCUCAGAAUCAUGCAACUCGAAACCCAUCUCGAACAAGCCAAUGAGAAGGUGGCUGCACAGAAGAAGGCUAUUGAAGAGCUGGAGGAAACAUUGGUCAGCAAAGACGAAUUGAACAGCCAACUUUCAGCGGAACUUGAAAGAGUUAUGCAGAUGAAAUUCGGCGAUGCAAGGGAGGAAGUGAAGCGGCUGAUGACGCAGAUAUCCUUCCGUGACACCCAAAUCUCUCAGCUCACCAAUCUCUGCACAAUGCUACAAAUCGAACUUGCCAACUACGAUGAACAACCCCCGAAACCAACUGGGCAGACCGUCGAGCAGAGAAAAGAACAGGAAAUUCAGACUGUGAACGGAUCCCAACCCGACGUCGUUCCACAAAGAGAUUCUCCGAAGAAGAAACCAAGGAAGACCUCGAAAAGUCGUCCAAAGACGGGAGUCGCUACGGAGACUGAGGGGACAUCCGUCCGUCGCCGUGUACUCAGUGAAGAUGUCUGGGAACAACAGGCAAUGCUGAUUGCUAGUCUUUACUCGGAGCUAAUGUUUAUCUUAGAGGAACAAGAAGUAAAGCAAAAAGAGAUGUCUGAAAUGGAAACUGUACUUGUCAAUGGACGACGUGCAAUGGAUGACGCUAAGUCUCAGCUGAAGGUAGCCAUGGUUUUGAGCUUUCUGUGA